AUGGCAGUUUCACAAUUUUUCAUUAGGGAAAAGGAAGGCAUAUCGUUGUUUUCAUUGGGUCCUCCUUUUCGUUGCAUUUUUAAGAGCCCUGGUACGCUCUGUUGUUGGCACAAGUCCACUGUGGCAAUUUUUAACACUAAACUAUCGGUUUUUGAUUUAUCCAAGGAGCCAAGGUGUCUGAUUAGGGAAAUGCCAUUUUUGUUACCGCCACGUAAAAUCGAAUGGUCCCCUGAUGGCAAGUGCCUAGUAGUACUACUACCUAAUGAAGGUCGAAACAACUUGAUUCUACUCCGAGUCUCUAGAAAUGGUGGAGAGAUUAUAUGGACGGCUAAGCACCAACAUAAUAAGGCAGGAUCAGUGUUAAUCUUUUUACCAUCCCUAGCCACGAAGACAUUAACUUUCAUUCUACCCAAAAGGAAUCGCAUGCACAUAUUCACUGCCAAUGCUACGGUCGUUAAAAAUUUUUCAGAUGACAACAACAAGUAUUUUAGGGAGAUUGGUUCCAUCAAUUUGCCCAGAUUUACCGCCGAGAAACUUUAUGAAUCACACACUCAUAAAAGUGUUUCAAAAAUAGCACUAUUUGGCGCAUCAACUGACCAAUUACAAUCUUAUAUAAAAAUAUAUGUGGUACAACACCUAGUAUCCAUUAGUGGGGAAUGUAAGAAUAAUCAAGUAUCCGCAUUGGUUACAUUCAAUGUGGGAUUUACCGACACUGCGGAAAUGGAAUGGAAUGUGUCAGGUGAUAGGUUACUAAUUGUUGCUGUAUAUACUGUGGACUCGGCGGGUAAGAAUUAUGGGCCAGUGGCGGAUUGUUUCCUGAUCAGGACAGACAAUGAUAAAGAUAAUGGCAACGUCGAUGCUUUUGGGGGAAAAGAUGGCUACAAACUAAACGAUAACCCAGUUCACGAUGCCAAGUGGUGUCCCACAUCUAACAUAUUUGCGCUGAUCCAAGGUAAUUCUCCAAGCUACAUAACGUUACACGAUCAUAAUGGUAUGAAACUUUACAACUUCCCCAAUGGAUAUAGAAACAUAAUUCGCUGGAAUCCUUCAGGUGAUUAUUUGCUGUUCGCUGGGUUUGGCAAUUUGGCAGGACAGGUCACUCUUUACAAGUUGGACAGUAAAGCGCCAGCAAGCACACUAUCCCAGUCGAUUCAAGUGAUUUAUGACUGGAGAGACCCAUGCACAGUAGUGUGUGAAUGGUCUCCGGAUGCAAAAUUUCUACUUAUCGCUUCUACAUUUCCUAGGAUGAAAGUAGAUAAUUGGGUUAAAAUUUUGACUUUUGACGGCGAACUGGUUGUUAGUAUGCCAUUUUCCCAACUGUAUGAGGCCUUGUGGAUCAUAGAUGGCUCAGGGCCUGUAGAAUUGCCAACGCCUAGACCCAAGCCCAUUGCCCAACCGAAAUUGCCGUAUAGGCCUAGGAAAAAAGAUUCCAGCGAUAACACCAACACAAUUGACAGUCUGUUUGAGAAAUUAAGUCUGCAAAAACGCGCUACUACAUACAACCUUACUGCCAAUGGCCACGAUUAUAUGCAGGCAUUUAGAAAAUACAUGGUAACCGUUAAACCCCUUUCCUUUUCCAACUGGUAUACACGACACUUGUCAACGGAUAAAUCUGUUGUGGUGGUUAACUCUAAAAAUUAG